AUGGAUUGGCGGAGCAUUGGAACCUCCUUUGUACCAUCUCUUGAGGAAAAGCCUUCCUACACAUCGGCGCAGCCACUACCGUUACUGACAGAAAAAGGCAACGACAAGCCUCCUAAGUAUUCCAGAUGGCAGUACGUGGUGGGUGUUGCGUCGGAGGACCAAAGCGUAUUGCUCCAGAAACUGGAGGAGUCCAAGGAAGGCAGCGUGAGAGGAGACAGCCGCCAUACGCAGCCGCUAGCAAUUCUUGAUACUACCACACGAAAGACUCGGUAUUACGAUAGCCCCUCAUGUAUGAGCGAUGGAAAUGGAAUCAUAAAGGAAAGGACAAAGUCUUACAAGGAGCUCACGUUGGAUCCGACAGUGACGCCCUUACUGGACGCAUGGCUCAGAUAUAUAAGGGCUAAGGCUGGCGAACUUGUGCUGAAAUUGCAAAACAACAAGGCAGGUGUUCCAGAGUCUAUGUUGACCAGACUAACCAUAACACAGGAGCUUGAGGUUGCUGCCCAAAACUGCGAACUCCUUCACAAACUGAGUGGAAUCGUGAAAGUGACAGGAAAUUUAGAGUGGUGCGGCGUGAAGGAUAGCGCUGCCGUCGCAUACAUGUUUAUAGCCAUUUUAUUUUACAAAAAGAUGCUAGUUCCAACGUUCGACGAAGUACUGGAUGCGAUUAAAUGGAUAAAGACGUGGUCCAACGACUACCUAAGAGUUGAUCAACUCAGGCAUGAACUAACAACCCAUAUGCACCGGUUGGUCUCAACUGAACCUGUGUACUGGGAGUAUAUGUCCGGCACAGUUAUUCAAGCCCCUAUGGAACACAGCAGAUUCCUCAAGGUUGCAUCGGUAUUCUUCAAUCAUCUCACCCGAAUGGCGGAUAUGGAUAUUGCCCCAAGAGACAACAUUGAAAAAUCGAUGGUUGUGCUGCUAACCGAAUGUUUCAUACCAAGGCUUCUAGCGUCAGGGUAUCAUGAUGUGGCUGUCAACGUGAUCAGACAUUGGUUGGCUUACAACAUGUUAGGCAACAACUCUUGCGACGUCUUCGCUAACAUCUCCAAACAUGACCUCCUGCACAGCUUGAGCAUAGUCCAGCGCCAGAGUAAUGUGGAUAAAAUUGCCUUAAUGGAUCUGUGCGAAGCUGUGGAUGCGUUUUUGAAGGAAAGCAAUCAAAGCCAGCGGGUAGAAUUAGGAUACCUGAAACCGCUUGACUACUGCCAAGUGGGGCCUGUGGAUGUUGUACAGUUGCCUAUAAAGGUGUUUAAAUUAUCUAAGCAGAACUCCAACGAGCUCUUAUUUAGAAUACUGGAGUUGUUCGGAAGCGAAUCGGUGGACAGACUCCCAAGCGACAGCAGGUGGUACAACUUCGUGAAGAGUACAGUAGUUAACACCUUCUGUGCUAGGAUGUUCCGUGCACUCGUGUUGCUACACGCAGUUGUUGUGACACCCGAAGUGAAAAUACUCUCGUGUCUACUGAUGCGCGCUUGCCAACGAAAAGAAAUAUCAAAGAAAAUACUGCAGCUAAAUAUCAAGGACCCUGACCUGUGGGCAACGUAUGCGGCCACCACCACCGACGUUGCAGAAUCGCAAAUUGUAUACAAGGAGGCAGUGGGAGUGUUUCCGAGCCACGUCCCCCUUCUGGUGGAGUGGUUGAUGUUCUGCUUGGAACAUGAUAGCGAACGUGUAAAUGAGGCCUUGAUUUCCCUGAGGAAGGAAUUGGAUGGUAUACGUGGGACCCAAGCAAGUACUUCGGCAGAUAACCAUGCUCAUUGUGAUGUGUUGGAUGCGAUCACUCCCUCCAGAGCUUGCGGUGCUGCUCUAGUAUGGUUAUUGGUCAAUAGACACCGCCUUCACGAACAGCGUUACAUAACAGACUGGAGAGCAAUGGUUUACGGUUUAAGAGAGUAUGAGGUGUGGGUUGUGCUAAGAGCUCUGUGCUUGUGUGCUCCGCCCAAACUAGCGCAACAGCUCGCCGAACCCAUAGUGAGGACGUAUCGCAACAACGAAACCAUCACCGCCCUCUACGUAGAACACUGUAUCGCAAGAGUAGACAAGCCGGCAAUACGUCGACUAGUUUCUGACUAUUUAAUGAGGCCGUUUGUUUCCAUGGCCACGAGGCACAUCGCGCAUUUCACGAAUUGCUCACGGGGCAAAAAUUUUGAUGGGGGCAUCAGGCUGAUGCUGCUGUCCAGGGUAGAUUUAAGUGGAAACGUGCUACGGUCAAUUGUUGAGGAGCCAAUGCCAUUCAAGUUGCCUAGCGUCCGGAUUCUUCUGCACGCUCUGAAGAAUACUGCAAGGACUUGCGACACGGUACAACUCGUUGCCAAACAUUGUUCCUUCUCGAAGGCUCUAUGGUUAAUCCUCGCUGAACAUCUCCCGGCAUCUAGCAACAUUAUUGAGGAAGAUAUGAGAGCAAAUGGCAUUAAGCUAUAG